GUGAAGUGAAGAUGGACUAUAAAUCCUCAGAGGAGCCGGCGAAGAUACUCAAAGCCUUGGAGCCCGAACCCGGAGUGGCUGCCUGGUUCUUCUGGGUUCCCCAGUUCUGUAAUUAGUGUUUGUUUCUGGUUCCUUCAGACUGAAGACCCGAAGGAUGAGUGGCCAAGCCCCGCCCAUACUCAUGCAGCUGGCAGUACAGAGCCUGCUGAGGGACGAGACUGUGGCUGUCUCUGCUCUGCAGCAGCUACCCAGGGUCCUGUUCCCGCCAGUGUUCAAGGAGGCCUUCAAUCACAGACAAACUAACAUCCUGAGGGCUAUGGUAGCAGUAUGGCCCUUCCCCUGCCUCCCUGUGGGAUCGCUGAUGAGGACCCCCCACCUGGAGACCUUGCAGGCUGUGCUGGAUGGAGUAGACAUGCUAUGGACACAGAAAUUUCUCCCCAGGAAGCGGAAGCUUCAGGUGCUGGACCUGAGGAGUGUGCACCACGGUCUCUGGGAUAUUUGUGCUGGAGUGGAGGAGGGUGGAGCCUGCUCACAAGAGACUGUGUGUGAAAAAAAGCAAACAGCAAAGCCCUGCCCUAGAUACGCACUGAGGCAGCGCUUGAAGGUGGUCGCCAACCUUUGCCUCAGGUUCCAUCUGAAUGAACACCAAACAUACUUGCUGCAGUGGGCCCAGCAGAGGAGAAGUUUCAUCAGGCUGUGCUGUGUGAAGAUGCAGAUUUGGGCAUUGCCCGUGUACACAGUCAGGAAAGUCUUGAUGGUUUUCCAGCCUGACAGCAUCCAGGAGCUGGAACUGAAUACAGGUUGGAGUCUGUCCGCUCUGGUGCAUUUUGUAUCUUACCUGGACCAGAUGAGAAACCUUCAAAAACUCCUCUUAACACGGAGCCACAAGAACACCUUCAAGGUUCUAAAUACCCCUGCAGACAUACAGAAGUGUAUCACCAAGUUCGUUUCUCAGUUCUCCAAACUCAACUGUCUCCAGCAUCUCUCAAUGAAUGGCAUCUACUUUGCCAGUGAGCACAUGAAACAGUUGUUCAGGUACCUGAAGACCCCUUUGGAGACCCUGUCCAUCACUAUGUGCAAGCUUUCACAGUUAGACUUGAAUUCCUUGUCCCAGAGUAAGUCUCUCCAUCAGCUCAAACACCUGAAUCUGAGACUUGUGAAAUUAAAUGAUUUAUAUCCCGUGCCUUUCCAUGAUCUCCUAAAGAGUGUUGCAGACACUCUGAAGACACUAGAGUUGGAGGGCUGUUGGAUGGUGGACUCCCAGCUCAUUACCCUCCUGCCUGCCCUGAGCCAGUGCUCCCAACUCACCAGGGUCAGUUUCUAUGACAAUGACAUCUCCAUGGCUGUCCUGAAGGACCUCCUAUAUCACACAGCCAACCUAAGACAGCUGACCCAGGAGCUGUAUCCUGCCCCUUUGGAAUGCUAUGAUGACAGGGGUGAUGUCCACUUGAGAAGAUUCACCCAACUUUGUUCUGAGCUCGUGGAUACACUCAUUACUGUAAGGCAGCCCAAGGGAGUCUCCUUUGCUACAUAUGUCUGCCAUGAAUGUUGUCAGCGCUGUGUCUAUGACCUAGAGACCAGACUUUGUCGUUGUCGGCAGUAAAUGGGGGAAGGUUGCUUGAUGCUGAGAAAUGAAAGCCUAGCAAUAGGUAUUUAUUCCAUCAAGGGGACCCAGAGCUUAUGGCCACACACUCACUGCUCAGUGUUUAGGAAACAAAAUGGUGUGCAGUAGGGACAGACCCCAAGGACUGAGGUUGACAUGGAAAACAGUGGGGCUCCGAGGACAAGGGUUUAUGGUGUAAAAAAGAUAGUUCUGCAUUUCGUAUUUCUUUCUUAAAGAUUCAUUUCAUGUGUGAGUGGUUUACCUGUGUAUAUGUGUGCUUGGUGCCUGUGGAGGUCAGAUGAAGGGUUGGAUCCCCUGGAGCUGGAGUUACAGGUGGCUGUGAACCACCAUGUGGGGGCUGGAAGUCUAACAAGGAUCCUCUGCAGAAACAUCUUGGCUGCUGAACCAUCUCUCUAGCCCCAAUUCUGCAUUUUCUAAAAGAGUUCUGUCAGGUCAUGAUAAAGUAAGGGCCAGAUUUUGAAACCUGCAUGUUCUCCUGGUGUCCUUCCCUGCCAUUAACCUGAUUUCAGGGUCACUGUUUUCCUUUGACUGUUGAGCUGGAAAGACCCUGUGUUGUCUGCCCUCUUGUCCAAGAUCACUAGACAUCUGUAAUGGUAGACAGACCUGGUUGUCAGCAUGACUGUCAGUAGAACCCAAACUGCUGGGCAAUCCUGUGAGGUGAGAGAUUUUCUUUACCACAUUAUUUGAAGAAAUACCUACCCUAAAUUGAAGCCAUGCCUUCCCUUGGCAUCAUGUGUAGAAAGAAGGAAUCUGCCGGGCCUUGGUGGUGCACGCCUUAAUCCCAGCACUCGGGAGGCAGGGGCAGA